CCGGAGCGGGAGGGAACGUUCGGCCCCCAGGCAUCCCUCUUCGAAUGCAGGAGUUGUCGUGACGUUUGGGAAGGGGCGGAGCUAGUUUCAAAACCAAGGGCCAAGAUGGCGGAGGGUGGUUCGCUGAGGAAUAGGACGCGGUUUGGUUCGAGGAGUAACGAGACGAUGAAUCACGUUGACUAUCCAGAUGACAAUUAUGUGGAAGAGAUCCAGCUUAAUUCCGACACUGAAGUUAUGGAGAAACCAUGUCCAAUCCAGAUAGUGCUGGCUCAUGAGGAUGACCAUAACUUUGAGUUGGACGAGACGGCAUUGGAGAGCAUACUGAUGCAGGAGCAUAUCCGGGAUCUCAAUGUGGUUGUACUGUCUGUGGCAGGGGCAUUCAGAAAAGGCAAAUCCUUCCUGCUUGACUUCAUGCUCCGCUUCAUGUAUAGCCAGAGCUCCUCCUCUUGGAUAGGUGGGGAUUAUGAACCCUUAACUGGUUUUACAUGGAGAGGGGGAUGUGAACGGGAGACUACAGGCAUACAGAUAUGGAGUGAAGUAUUUGUUGUAGAAAAACCAGAUGGUUCCAAGGUUGCAGUUAUGCUUAUGGACACUCAGGGGGCCUUUGACAGUCAAUCAACUAUUAAAGAUUGUGCAACCGUUUUUGCUUUAAGCACAAUGACCAGUUCUGUUCAGGUAUAUAAUUUAUCCCAGAACAUCCAAGAAGAUGAUCUGCAGCAUUUACAGCUUUUUACAGAGUAUGGCCGUCUUGCAAUGGAAGAAAUUUACAAGAAGCCCUUUCAGACACUUAUGUUUUUAAUUCGAGACUGGAGUUACCCUUAUGAACAUACAUAUGGCUUGAAAGGAGGAAACUCAUUUUUGGAAAAGAGGUUGCAGGUGAAGCAGAACCAGCACGAAGAGUUACAGAAUGUCAGGAAGCAUAUACACUCAUGCUUUACCAACAUCGGCUGCUUUCUCUUGCCACACCCUGGACUAAAAGUUGCAACUAAUCCAUAUUUUGAUGGCAGAUUAGCAGAAAUUGAUGACGAGUUCAAAAAGGAACUGCGUGAGCUGGUGCCCUUGCUGCUCGCUCCGGAGAACUUGGUGGAAAAAGAAAUAAGUGGCUCUAAAGUGACUUGUCGAGACCUUCUAGAAUACUUUAAGGCUUACAUCAAAAUCUAUCAAGGAGAAGAGCUGCCUCAUCCCAAGUCCAUGCUGCAGGCAACUGCAGAAGCAAACAACAUGGCUGCUGUUGCUGGAGCAAAAGACACGUACAGUAGAUCCAUGGAGCAGGUUUGCGGAGGAGAUAAACCAUACAUAGCACCUUCAGACCUUGAAAGGAAGCACUUGGACCUGAAAGAAUCCUGCAUAAAACAGUUCCGCUCAGUGAAAAAGAUGGGAGGCGAGGAAUUCUGCCGCCGGUAUCAGGAUCAAUUAGAGGCAGAGAUAGAGGAGUCCUAUGCAAACUUCAUAAAGCACAAUGAUGGCAAAAACAUCUUCUAUGCUGCUCGUACUCCUGCCACGCUUUUUGCUGUCAUGUUUGCAAUGUACAUUAUCUCAGGACUGACUGGUUUCAUUGGCAUGAACUCUAUAGCCACCAUCUGCAAUUUAAUCAUGGGAUUAGCACUGUUGUCCUUCUGCACCUGGGCCUAUGUCAAGUACUCGGGAGAGUUCAGAGAACUGGGAACACUAAUAGAUCAAAUUGCGGAGAUUAUAUGGGAACAGCUACUGAAGCCACUAAGUGAUAACUUGAUGGAGGAUAACAUAAGGCAAACUGUGAGAAACUCCAUCAAGGCAGGUCUUACAGAUCAAGUGACUGCCCGGCUAAAGACAAACUGACAAUCCAUAUCUUCAGCGGCAUUUUCCCCAUCCCCUCUGCUUGUUUGUACCAUGAGAACUUUAUUAAAUACAAAUAAACCAAAGUUUACAACGAUGACUGUAGACCCAGAAUAACUCGGCCUAUCAGAAUGCUGCCAACCGGUUUUAAACAUGGCUCCCGCAAAUGAACCCUACAAAGCUAACUAUUAGGACUAUCAUGGGUGAGAGCCCCCCUUAGCACACCCUUAAACGGUGCCAUGUUCUUUUCCUACUCCCCCCCCCAUAAAACCCUUCAUAAAAGGAAGUCCUUUUAUCUGAAUGUCCAGUUUGAUUUUAGUUGUUCUAAUCCAUAGUUAUUUAUUGAGGGGGCAGCUGUUCAGUGGGGAGGGUGAUCUACUGGUUACAAUUCACUGCCUUUUAACUGCAAAAAGCCUUUCCUUCCCCAGGAUGUGUAUGAAGGCUGGAGGCAUUACUGAAUACAUUGCCUUUUUUUACCCACAAACCUGCCAUAACAUAGGUGCAUAUCAUGGGGAGGUGCUGUCAUGUUUUGGGGUUUUUGCUUGUUUCUCCUGUUUAGCCUUUAUGUAUAUAUAAAGUACCAUUAAUUUUAUUGGGGUGGGUGGUGGGGGAAUAGGGGAGCCAGUCCAUCCAGAAUAAUUGCCUAAAGCUCUAGAAGUUCAGAUCAUCUGUACAGCGUUAGUUAUUUUCUACACAAGAUCAGAUAGGGCAUGUAUAUGACAUAUAAAUACUAUAAAUACCAAUUUUGUAUCAAGUUUUUGUAGUCCAUGCCAAAUUCUGUAGUAAGUAAAGUCCCCCCGCGCCGGGAACAUUUGUGGCUCGUGUAAAGUGUGAAUGCCUAAAUCUGCCAUUUUGAUAUAUUUGUGAUAUUCCCCUGCCCUGAACACUGCUGUCUCACUCCGGUGGGGGGUGACGAAGAAAUCACUGAGCGUUUUUUUUUUUUUUGUUGUGAAAAUUUGUCCGGUUUCAAAUUUAAAGCUGUUUUCCUGUAAUUUAUUUUCAGUAUAAUUAAAAUCUGUUGUAUAUAUGGCACAUA